AUGAAUACUGUCUCUAUCAAGGAGUCACCGGCGAUGACGGUACCAAUCGAGAACUGGCUGACGAUAUGCGAGAUGUUAGGAGAAACGUCGACAGCACUGGCGCAGGUAUGCAGGCGCACGCGUGCUCCAGCGUACGAGUUCAUGUUCAAAGCGGUGGUGUUUAAAGACAUUGGCGAUUUAGUGGAAGCAGCGAAUGCGUGGUCAGAUGUGGGAGGGAGAGUGCUAGCACUCGUAAAAGAGCUGAAUUUGGGCGUUCAGAUUGAACGUAGACAGGACGGAGUAGCGUUACAUUGCAAUGGGCGAUACGAAGCGCAUUUGAACGAAAUAGCGUUCAUACAUAUACGGAGCAUGCGACAUCUCACGCGAUUAAACAUUACCGGAAUCGCAAUAGGGUCGAAAAUCUUUUCGGCGAUAACAGGACUGCAACAACUAUGCGUACUCUCGUUAGAAAACGUUUGUGUGGUGGGAAUUCUCGAAAAGUACGAAUUGGACGUGAUGGUUGCGCGACACGUACGGCUUGUGAACACUUGUUGGCAUACCUUAAACCUGGAGGAAGGCUUGAUACGAGGAAGCAAGAACCUGAAAACGUUGGAGAUGAGUUGGCGCGGAGGAGGGAACAAGCCGCGUACAGGUAGCGAAAACUGGCAAAAUGCAACCUGUGAGAGCCUAGAAAUACAUAGCAGACGCGGGGCAUGGUCGACGACAAGGGAAAACUUACAAAACGAACGACGAGAAUUCAUGGCUUUGAUACGAAGAUUUAAGGCGAUAAAGAAGUUGCAUAUACGGGGAUGGCUGCCAAAAUUCAAUGAUGCAGACGCAGGACACCAAACGCUGUCGGAUAGUAUUGCAUACUUUGUCGGUCCCGUGCAUUUUAUGAAGCUUAGUCGUCGACUUCCGAACCUAGGAAGAAUUACGUUAUCGGACAAUGGAUUGAAUAGAGGAGAAGUGAACGAGGUAGAGAUGCAGGUGCAGAAGGUGACCAUACUUGAGGUGAACGUGUACGUCGACGACAAGGAAAGAAUGUGUAUGAUGUUAGCGGUUAUGGCCAACGUCCACCAGCUCAAGCUAAAUUUUUCCGAUGAUGUGAAUGAACCGGACGAUAUAUUGAAUAGCGUUAGAGAUAUGUUGGAUUAUAGCCCACCGAUUAAACGAUUAUUUAUAACGGCUGACGACCCAUUCGUAACCGAAAUACCCCAAGAACAUUUCAGAGCGUUAAAGGCCGUAUGCCCGGGAUUGGAAGACAUUCGGAUAGGACAAAGGUGCUGGAGGACAAAGCAGGGAUUAUGGAUCGAGUACAUAGAACGAGACACAAAUUAA